CGGCGGCUGCGGGAGCUCAGCGAGCGCCUGGAGCUCGUCUUCCUGGUGGACGAGUCGUCCAGCGUGGGUCAAGCCAACUUCCUCAGCGAGCUCAAGUUCGUCCGCAAGCUGCUGUCCGACUUCCCCGUGGUGCCCACGGCCACACGCGUGGCCAUCGUGACUUUCUCGUCCAAGAACAACGUGGUGUCGCGCGUCGACUACAUCUCCUCCCGCCGCGCGCACCAGCACAAGUGCGCACUGCUCAGCCGCGAGAUCCCCGCCAUCACCUACAAGGGUGGCGGCACCUACACCAAGGGCGCCUUCCAGCAAGCCGCGCAAAUUCUUCAUCAUUCUAGAGAAAAUGCGACUAAAGUUAUAUUUCUCAUCACUGAUGGCUAUUCCAAUGGGGGAGAUCCUAGGCCAGUUGCAGCAAUGCUGCGAGAUUUUGGAGUGGAGAUCUUCACUUUUGGCAUAUGGCAAGGGAACAUUCGAGAACUGAAUGACAUGGCUUCUCCCCCAAAGGAGGAGCACUGCUACCUGCUCCACAGUUUUGAAGAAUUUGAGGCUUUAGCUCGCCGGGCAUUGCACGAAGAUCUGCCUUCUGGGAGUUUCAUUCAAGAGGAUAUGUCUCAUUGCUCACAUCUGUGUGAAGCCGGCAGAGACUGCUGUGACCGAAUGGCAAGCUGCAAAUGUGGGACACACACAGGUCAAUAUGAAUGCGUCUGUGAAAAGGGAUAUUACGGGGAAGGUCUACAGUAUGAGUGCACAGCUUGCCCGCCAGGGACAUUCAAACCAGAAGGUGUGCCAGGGGGCAUCAGCACUUGCCUUCCGUGUCCUGAUGAAAAUCACACCUCUCCACCUGGAAGUACGUCCCCUGAGGACUGCGUCUGCAAAGAGGGCUACCGGGCAUCCGGCCAGACCUGCGAGGUUGUGCACUGCCCUGCCCUGAAGCCUCCAGAAAACGGUUACUUUAUCCAAAACACUUGCCACAACCACUUCAAUGCAGCCUGUGGGGUCCGAUGUCACCCUGGAUUUGACCUCGUGGGAAGCAGCAUCCGCUUGUGUCAACCCAAUGGUUUGUGGUCCGGUUCAGAGAGCUCCUGCAAAGUAAGAACAUGCCCUCGUCUCCGCCAACCCAGACAUGGCCGCCUGAGCUGUUCCACAGGGGAAAUGUCCUACAAGACAACGUGUUUGGUUACCUGCAAUGAAGGGUACAGACUAGAAGGAAGUGCUAAGCUGACCUGUCAAGGAAACGCCCAGUGGGAUAGUUUAGAACCUCGCUGUGUGGAGCGCCAGUGCGCCACCUUUCAGACGCCCAAAGGUGUCAUCGUGUCCCCCGCCAGCUGCGGCAGGCAGCCAGCCAAACCUGGGACCGUUUGUCAGCUAAGUUGCCACGAAGGAUACAUUUUAGCUGGAGUCAGAGAAGAAUUGCAAUGUACCACCUCUGGAAAAUGGAGCGCCAGGGUUCAGACAGCUGUUUGUAAAGAUGUGGAGUCUCCUCAAAUCAACUGUCCUCCGGAUAUAGAGGCUAAGACGCAGGAACAGCAAGACUCUGCUAAUAUCACCUGGCAGAUCCCAACAGCUAAAGACAACUCUGGGGAAAAGCUGUCAAUCCAUGUCCAUCCAGCUUUUACCCCACCUUACCUCUUCCCAAUUGGAGAGGUUGCUAUCACGUACACGGCAAUUGACCUAUCCAGCAACCAAGCCAGCUGCACUUUCCAUAUCAAGGUCAUAGAUGUGGAACCACCUAGCAUAGACAGGUGCAGAUCCCCACCUCCCAUCCAGGUCUCCGAGAAGCAGCAUCCUGCAACCUGGGAUGAGCCUCAGUUCUCAGACAACUCCGGGGCCGUGUUGGUCAUCACCAGAAGUCAUACCCCAGGAGACCUCUUCCCUCAAGGAGAGACUGUGGUGCGGUAUACAGCCACUGACCCCUCAGGCAAUAAAAGAACAUGUGACAUUCACAUUGUCCUGAAAGGUUCUCCCUGUGAAAUUCCAUUUACCCCUGUAAAUGGGGAUUUCAUAUGUACUCAAGAUAGUGCUGGAGUUAACUGCACAUUAAGUUGCCUGGAGGGCUAUGAUUUCACAGAAGGGUCUAUGGAGAAGUAUUAUUGUGCUUAUGAAGAUGGUAUCUGGAAACCACCGUAUUCCACUGAAUGGCCAGACUGUGCUAUAAAACGUUUUGCAAAUCAUGGGUUCAAGUCCUUUGAGAUGCUGUACAAAGCAACUCGUUGUGAUGACACAGACCUGCUGAAAAAGUUUUCAGAAGCAUUUGAGACGACCCUGGGGAAAAUGGUGCCAUCAUUCUGUAGUGACGCUGACGACAUUGACUGCAGACUGGAGGACCUGACCAAAAAAUACUGCCUGGAAUAUAACUAUGACUACGAAAAUGGCUUUGCGAUUGGACCAGGUGGUUGGGGUGCAGCUAAUCGGCUAGAUUACUCUUAUGACGACUUCUUGGACUCUGUGCAAGAAACACCCGCAGGUGCUGGCAAAGCUAGAUCUUCACGGACUAAAAGAAGUGCCCCAUUAACUGACCACAAAGUUAAGUUAACUUUUAACAUCACAGCUAGUGUGCCUUUACCUGAUGAAAGAAAUGACACUAUUGAAUUCCAAAAUCAGCGACGACUCAUUAACACAUUGGAAACUAUCACCAAUCACUUGAAAAUGACCCUUGAUAAGGAGCCCAUGUAUUCCUUCCAGCUGGCAUCUGAAAUACUCGUAGCCGAUAGCAAUUCCUUAGAAACGGAAAAGGCUUUCCUCUUCUGCAGACCAGGCUCAGUGCUCAGAGGGCGCAUGUGUGUCAAAUGCCCUGUGGGAACCUAUUAUUCUGUGAAUCGGUAUGCCUGUGAAAGCUGCUUGAUGGGAUCGUAUCAAGAUGAAGAAGGACAACUUGAGUGCAAACUCUGUCCAACUGGGACUAACACUGAAUAUCUCCAUUCAAGAAACAUCUUGGAAUGUAAAGCUCUUUGUAAACAAGGCACCUACUCAUCAAAUGGGCUUGAGACUUGUGAAUCGUGUCCACUGGGCAGUUACCAGCCAGCCGUUGGAGCCCGGAGCUGCCUCUCAUGUCCAAGAAACACUUCGACUGUGAAGAGAGGAGCCGUGGACAUUUCUGCUUGUGGAGUACCUUGUCCACUAGGAGAAUUCUCUCGCUCUGGGUUAAUGCCCUGUCAUCCUUGUCCUCAAGACUACUACCAACCCGAUGCAGGAAAGUCCUUCUGCUUGGCUUGUCCCUUUUACGGAACUACAACCUUCGCUGGUGCCACAUCCAUCACAGAUUGCUCCAGUUUUGGUUCUACUUUCUCAGCAGCAGAGGAAAGUAUAGUGCCCCAAACUUCUCCGGGACAUAUCAAAAAGAAGUAUGAAGUUGGCAGUCAGGUUUUCCACGAAUGCUUCUUAAACCCCUGCCACAAUAGUGGAACCUGCCAACAACUUGGGCAUGGUUAUGUCUGCCUCUGUUCACCUGGAUAUACAGGCUCCAAGUGUGAAACAGACAUUGACGAAUGCAGCUCACUGCCAUGCCUCAACAAUGGAACUUGUAAAGACCAAGUAGGGGAAUUCAUUUGUGAAUGUCCAUCUGGUUACACAGGUCCACUAUGCGAAGAAAACAUAAAUGAGUGCAGCUCCAGUCCCUGUCUAAACAAAGGCGUCUGUGUGGAUGGUGUGGCUGGCUAUCGCUGCACAUGUGCGAAAGGAUUCAUAGGCCUGCACUGUGAAACAGACGUCAAUGAAUGCCAGUCAAGCCCAUGCUUAAAUAAUGCAGUCUGUGAAGAUCAGGUUGGGAGGUUCUUGUGCAAAUGCCCAGCUGGAUUUGGGGGUACCCGGUGUGAAAAAAACAUGGAUGAGUGUCUCAGUCAACCAUGCAAAAAUGGAGCUACUUGUCAAGAUGGUGUCAAUAGCUUCAGAUGCCAGUGCGCAGCUGGCUUCACAGGGCCGCACUGUGAACUGAACAUCAAUGAAUGCCAGUCUAACCCGUGUAGAAAUCAAGCCACCUGUGUGGAUGAAUUAAACUCAUACAGUUGUAAAUGUCAGCCGGGAUUUUCAGGCAGCAGGUGUGAAACAGAACAGUCUACACGCUUUAACCUGGAUUUUGAAGUUUCUGGUACCUAUGGUUACGUCAUCCUAGACGGUGUGCUUCCAUCUCUCCAUGCCAUAACCUGCACAUUCUGGAUGAAAUCCUCUGACCUCAACAACUACGGAACGCCAAUCUCCUAUGCACUGGAGAAUGGCAGCGACAAUACCUUCCUUCUGACCGAUUACAAUGGCUGGGUUCUUUAUGUGAACGGCAAGGAAAAGAUAACAGAUUGUCCCUCAGUGAAUGACGGCAGUUGGCAUCAUAUUGCAAUCACCUGGACAAGUGUGGAUGGAGCCUGGAAAGUCUAUAUUGAUGGGAAAUUAUCUGAUGGUGGUAUGGGUCUCUCUGUAGGUUCGGCCAUACCUGGUGGCGGUGCAUUAGUUCUUGGGCAAGAGCAAGACAAAAAAGGAGAGGGAUUCAACCCAGCGGAGUCUUUUGUGGGCUCCAUAAGCCAGCUCAACCUCUGGGACUAUGUCCUGUCUCCACAGCAGGUGAAAUCAUUGGCUACUUCAUGCCCAGAGGAGCUCACUAAAGGAAAUGUGUUAGCCUGGCCUGACUUCCUGUCGGGAAUUGUGGGGAAAGUGAAGAUCGAUUCCAAGAGCAUAUUCUGUUCCGAUUGCCCACCCUUAGAAGGAGCCAUACCUCAUCUGCGGACUACAUCAGUAGACUUAAAACCAGGCUCCAGAAUCAGUCUGUCGUGUGAUCCAGGCUUCCAGAUGGUCGGGAACCCUGUGCAGCACUGUCUGAAUCAAGGACAGUGGACACAACCACUCCCUCACUGUGAACGCAUUAGCUGUGGAUUGCCACCCUCUUUGGAGAAUGGCUUUUAUUCAGCCGAGGACUUCCAUGCUGGCAGCACAGUGACCUACCAGUGCAACAAUGGCUACUAUUUGUUGGGUGAUUCAAGGAUGUUCUGUACGGAUAAUGGGAGCUGGAAUGGCAUUUCACCAUCAUGCAUUGAUGUUGACGAAUGUGCACUUGGAUCCGAUUGUAGCAAAUAUGCUUCCUGCCUGAACACGAAUGGGUCCUACACUUGCUUGUGUAACCCUCACUACACGGGAAAUGGUAAACACUGUGCAGAACCAAUAAAAUGUAAGGCUCCAAGAAAUCCAGAAAAUGGCCACUCUUCUGGUGAGAUUUACACAGUGGGUGCCGAAGUCACAUUUUCUUGUGAGGAAGGAUACCAGCUGAUGGGCGCAAACAAAAUCACGUGUUCGGAGUCUGGAGAAUGGAGCCAUCUGAUACCACAUUGUGAAGCUAUUUCCUGCGGUGCACCAGCUGCUCCAGAAAACGGUGCCCUUGAUGGAUCAGCAUUUACCUACGGCAGUAAAGUGAUAUAUAGGUGUAAUAAAGGAUAUACUCUGGAGGGUGAUAAAGAGUCAUCCUGUCUUGCUAGCGGUUCUUGGAGUCACUCUCCUCCUGUGUGUGAACCGAUCAAGUGUUCUAGCCCUGAAAAUAUAAACCAUGGGAAAUACGUUUUGAGCGGGCUUACCUACCUUUCUACUGCAUCGUAUUCCUGCGAGAGUGGAUACAGCUUACAGGGCCCUUCCAUCCUUGAAUGCUCGGCAUCCGGCAACUGGGACAGAGCGCCACCUACCUGUCAUCUUGUCUUCUGUGGAGAGCCUCCUGCCAUCAGAGAUGCUGUCAUCACCGGCAGUAACUUCACUUUGGGGAGCACCGUCACUUACACCUGCAAAGAAGGCUACACCCUCGCUGGACCUGACACCAUUGAAUGCCUGGCCAGUGGCAAGUGGAGUGGAAGUAACCAGCAGUGUCUAGCUGUCUCCUGUGACGAGCCCCCCCACGUGGACAACGCCUCUCCAGAGACUGCCCAUCGGUUAUUUGGAGACAUUGCAUUCUACUACUGUGCGGAUGGCUACAGCCUGGCAGACAAUUCCCAGCUGCUCUGCAAUGCCCAGGGCAAGUGGGUUCCCCCAGAAGGUCAGGCCAUGCCCCAGUGUAUAGCUCACUUCUGUGAAAAACCCCCAUCUGUUUCCUACAGCAUCUUGGAAUCUAUAAGCAAAGCAAAAUUUGCAGCAGGCUCCGUUGUGAGCUUCAAAUGCAUGGAAGGUUUCGUACUGAACACCUCAGCAAAGAUUGAAUGCAUGAGAGGCGGGGAGUGGAACCCCUCCCCCAUGUCCAUCCAGUGCAUCCCCGUGCGGUGCGGAGAACCACCGAGCAUCAUGAAUGGCUAUGCAAGUGGAUCAAACUACAGUUUUGGGGCCAUGGUGGCCUACAGCUGCAACAGGGGCUUCUACAUCAAAGGGGAGAAGAAGAGCACCUGCGAAGCCACAGGACAGUGGAGUAACCCCAUACCUACAUGCCACCCAGUAUCUUGCAGUGAGCCACCUAAGAUUGAGAAUGGCUUUCUGGAGCAUGUCACUGGCAGGGUCUUUGAGAGUGAAGUGAGAUAUCGGUGUAACCCGGGAUAUAAGCUAAUUGGAAGCCCUGUAUUUGUCUGCCAAGCCAAUCGCCACUGGCACAGUGAAUCCCCUCUGUCGUGCAUCCCUCUCAGCUGUGGAAAACCUCCCCCGAUCCAGAAUGGCUACAUGAAAGGAGAAAAUUUUGAAGUGGGGUCCAAAGUUCAGUUUUUCUGUAAUGAGGGUUAUGAACUUAUUGGAGAUAACUCUUGGACAUGCCAGAAAUCUGGCAAAUGGAACAAGAAGCCAAACCAAAAGUGUGUGCCCACCAAGUGCCCAGAUCCACCCCUCCUGGAAAACCAGCUGGUGCUGAAAGAGUCGACUGCGGAGGUGGGAGUGGUGAUGCUCUCCUGUAAAGAAGGGCAUGUCCUCCAGGGCCCCUCUGUCCUGAAAUGCCUGCCAUCCCAGCAAUGGAAUGAUUCUUUUCCUGUGUGUAAGAUGGUUCUUUGCCUCCCACCUCCCCUAAUUGCCUUUGGUGUCCCUGCUCCUGCUUCUGCUCUUCAUUUUGGAAGUACUGUCAACUAUUCGUGUGUGGAUGGGUUUUCCCUAAGAGGAGAUUCUACCAUCCUUUGCCAAGCUGACGGUACCUGGAGCUCUCCACUGCCAGAAUGUGUCCCAGUGGAAUGCCCCCAACCUGAGGAAAUCCUCAAUGGCAUCAUUGAUGUGCAUGGUCUUGCCUAUCUCAGCACAGCUCUCUAUACCUGCAGGCCAGGCUUUGAGUUGGUGGGAGAUACUACCAUCCUUUGUGGAGAAAAUGGUCACUGGCUUGGAGGCAAACCAACAUGUAAACCCAUUGAGUGUCCAAAGCCCAAGGAGAUUUUGAAUGGACAAUUCUCUCACACAAACCUACACUCUGGACAAACCAUUACAUACUCUUGUGACCCAGGCUUCAGGCUCGAAGGUCCCAAGACCUUGACCUGUUUAGAGACAGGCGAUUGGGAUGUGGAUGUCCCAUCUUGCAGUGCCAUCCACUGUGACCCCCCACAACCCAUUGAAAAUGGCUUUGUAGAAGGUGCAGAUUAUAGCUAUGGUUCCAUGAUCAUCUACAGCUGCUUCCCUGGAUUCCAGAUGGCUGGUCAUGCCAUGCAUACCUGUGAAGAGUCAGGAUGGUCAAGCUCCAUCCCAACAUGUGUACCCGUAGACUGUGGUCUCCCUCCUGAAAUUGAUUUUGGAGACUAUACUAAGCUCAAGGAUGGUCAGGGGUAUUUUGACCAAGAGGAAGAUCUGAUGGAAGUUCCAUAUCUGACUCCUCACCCUCAUCAUUAUCUGGAAGCAAUGGCUAAAACCUGGGAAAACUCAACUCCUGCUACAUUUUCAACAAGCUUUCUACAUGGCACCAUGGUCUCAUACACCUGUAAUCCAGGUUAUGAACUUCUGGGGAACCCUGUGCUAAUCUGCCAGGAAGAUGGAACUUGGAACAGCAGUGCACCAUCCUGCAUUUCAAUUGAAUGUGACUUGCCUGUUGCUCCUGAAAAUGGCUUUUUGCAUGUUACAGAGACCACCAUGGGCAGUGCUGUCCAGUAUAGCUGCAAACCCGGGCACAUUCUGGUGGGCCCCGACAUAAGGCUUUGUCUACAGAAUAAAGAGUGGAGUGGUGCUUCCCCACACUGUGAGGCCAUUGCAUGCAAAAAACCAAGUCCAGUUACAAAUGGCUCCAUCAAAGGAAACAACUACACAUACCUGAGCGUGUUGUACUAUGAAUGUGAUCCCGGGUAUGUGUUGAAUGGCACUGAGAGGAGAACAUGCCAAGAAAAUAAACAUUGGGAUGGGAAUGAGCCAGUUUGCAUUCCUGUGGACUGUCAUUCACCCCCAAUCUUAGCCAAUGGCCAGGUGAGAGGAGAUGAGUACACAUUCCAAAAAGAGGUUGAAUACACUUGCAAUGUCGGGUUCUUACUUGAGGGAGCCAGGAGUCGUGUUUGUCUGGCCAAUGGAAGUUGGAGUGGAACCACCCCCAUCUGUGUGCCUGUCAACUGUGCCACCCCACCUCAGGUGGCAAAUGGGGUGAUGGAUGGCCUGGAGUAUGGCUUUGGGAAGGAAGUGGUGUUCCGCUGUCAGGAGGGCUACGUGUUGCACGGUGCUCCAAAACUCACCUGUCAAUCAGAUGGGAACUGGGAUGCAGAGUUUCCUCUCUGUAAACCAGUUAACUGUGGACCUCCUGAAGACCUUUCCCAUGGCUUCCCUAAUGGCUUUUCCUUUUAUCAUGGGGGGCAUAUACAGUAUCAGUGCCUUUCCGGUUAUAAGCUCCAUGGAAGUCCUUCAAGAAGGUGUCUCUCCAAUGGCUCCUGGAGUGGCAGCCCACCUUCCUGCCAGCCUUGCAGGUGUUUCACACCAGUCAUUCAAGGUGGAACUGUCAACAGAACAGAUUUGGGUUGUGGAAAGACAGCUCAGCUUCAGUGCUUUAAAGGCUUCAAGCUCCUGGGACCUUCUGAAAUCACCUGUGAAGCCAAUGGCCAGUGGAGCGCUGACUUCCCCCGCUGUGAACACAUGUCUUGUGGUUCUCUACCAACAAUACCAAAUGCAUUCAUCAGUGAGAGUGACUCUUUGGAAGAAAAUGUGAUAACUUACAGCUGCAGACCUGGGUAUGUCAUCCAGGGCAGUUCAGAUCUGAUUUGCACCGAGAAAGGGAUGUGGAGCCAGCCUUAUCCAGUUUGUCAGCCCCUGUCCUGUGGACCCCCACCGUCUGUUGCCAAUGCAGUGGCAAUUGGAGAGGCGCACACCUAUGAAAGUAAAGUGAAGCUCAGAUGUCUGGAAGGUUAUGUGAUGGAUACAGACAUAGAUACAUUCACCUGUCAGAAAGAUGGCCGUUGGUCCCCUGAGAGAAUCUCCUGUAGUCCCAAAAAAUGUUCUCUGCCAGCAAACAUCACACGUGUACUUGUUCAUGGGGAUGAUUUCAGUGUGAAUCAGCAAGUUUCUGUGUCAUGUGCAGAAGGCUACACCUAUGAGGGAGUUAACAUAUCGACAUGUCGGCUUGAUGGCACCUGGGAGCCACCAUUUUCUGAUGAAUCGUGCAGUCCAGUUUCUUGCGGGAAACCUGAAAGUCCAGAAUAUGGGUUUGUGAUUGGCAGUAUAUACAGCCUUGGAAGCACAGUGAUUUAUCAGUGUGAGCCCGGCUAUGAAUUAGAGGGGAACCUUGAACGUUUCUGUCAGGAGAACAGACAGUGGAGUGGAGAGGUAGCAACGUGCAAAACAAACCCAUGCCCUGUCCCUUUUGUCAUUCCUGAGAACGCUCUGCUCUCUGAAAAGGAGUUUUAUGUGGACCAGAAUGUGUCCAUCAAGUGUAGAGAAGGCUUCCUGCUCCAGGGCCAGGGCGUCAUUACCUGCAACCCUGACGAGACGUGGACACAGACAAGUGCCAAGUGUGAAAAAAUCUCAUGCGGUCCACCAAGUCAUGUACCAAAUGCAAUUGCUCGAGGCGUACAUUAUCAGUAUGGGGACAUGAUCACCUACUCGUGUUACAGUGGAUACAUGUUGGAAGGUUCCCUAAGGAGUGUUUGCCUAGAGAGUGGAAACUGGACAUCACCUCCUAUUUGCAGGGCCGUCUGUCGAUUCCCAUGUCAGAAUGGGGGUAUCUGCCAACGCCCAAAUGCUUGCUCCUGUCCAGACGGCUGGAUGGGGCGCCUCUGUGAAGAACCAAUAUGCAUUCUUCCCUGUCUGAAUGGCGGUCGCUGUGUGGCCCCUUAUCAGUGCGACUGCCCACCUGGCUGGACGGGGUCCCGCUGUCAUACAGCUGUUUGCCAGUCUCCCUGCUUAAAUGGUGGAAAAUGCGUAAGACCAAACCGAUGCCAUUGUCUCUCAGCUUGGACUGGACAUGACUGUUCCAGGAAAAGGAGGACUGGGUUUUAACCACUGCACAACCAAGGAGCUCUCCCUAAGAACAGGGUCAUCUCUUCCUGGUAGCCCUGGGCAUCCCAGAACUUACGCAAAGAAAUUCCAACACGGUGCUGGGUCUCGUUUUGUGUAGUACACAUGUUAUUUGGGGUUUACCUUUUUAUUUUGUGUUAUAUUUUGUUCCUUCUUGUGACGUACUUUCUUACAUGUUUCCAUUUUUAAAUAUGCCUGUAUUUUCUAUAUAAAAAUAUAUUAAAUAGAUGCUGCUCCACUCACAAAAUGUACAUACUCUGCUGUCUAUUGGGAAAGUACCUGGUACACAUUUUUAUUCAGUUACUGAAAAUGAUGUUUCAAUUAAAAUAUAUUUUGCUACUAAAUAA